GAUGAAAUAUCUUUCAUCCGCACAGUGUAUUUUUGACUGCGAAGCGCGUACGACGUGUGUCUGUGUUGCGUUGCGUUCGAAUAAAAAAGAGAAGAAAAGCGAAAAAGCGUUGCCGUCGGUGAAGUUUAUUAUUAUUAUGAUUAUUAUUAUUGCCCGUUAACCACGCGUUUUGCCAUCAAUCAACAAAUAAACAACACAAGAACCACAUUGGAAAUCGCGCGCGUUUUUCCAUCGCGCGUACAAAACAAUCACGUUUUUAAGUGUGUUUUUCAAUCACAAUCGAAAAGUUCUUCUUUUCACAAAUUGAAGGCCCAAAUAAAUACUGUUAUUUGAGGGCCGCGGAGGGAAUUUCUUUCAACGAGGGGAUCCCGCCGAUCCCCCCGCAAAAAACAAAGAAACACGCAAAUUGCCGUCGCAAAAACACCACACAAAUUGCAUUAUAUAUUAACAAUAUAAUUUGUUCAUCUCUAGUAACGUAGUAUGUAGAAGCAGCUGUGAUAAAUAGUGCGCAUAUUAUACGAAAAAAGCAAAAAGAGUAUACGACAAACAAAUAAAAAUAAAAAGCAACCACAACUACUACUAUAAAAUUAACCAAGGAAAAGGCAAGGAAACUCGCAAAAUAAGAGAGAAAGAGGAAAGGGAAAACGCCAUGGAUUUAUGACAACAACAAAUGCAACCCAGUAACAAAUGAUGUUGCAUCAACUACUACAAUACACGAGUAUACCAAGAACAACAACCACAACUGCAACGGCAACCAACAACAAAUUGUAUACGAUUUUUAUAAACCAAACAAAUGCUAUGUAAAUAAUUAUUAUAACAAACACACAAGUAAAAAACAUUCAGAAACAGAUCUCCCGCUCUAGAAAACAAACAACAAACGCGCGCGUAACAAAUACGAAAGCAACAACAUCAACAAUACAACAAGUAUACAAACGUAAUAAUAAUACAUAAAAUCUAAACAAAUGUGCCUGUGUUAAAUAAAAAAGAAAGCAAAUUCAAGAAGCAAAGCGUUCAAAAAGCAAAGGCUUCCAAAUACAUGAAAAUAGUGCAAAACAUAUAAAACAAAAUCCCAGAAAAUAAAAUCCAAAACUAAAAGAACUGGAAAAGGAAAAGCCAAGAGCCAAUCUAAAGGACUUCAAGCGGGCAGCUACAGUAGAGCUUCCCUAGAACCGAAGCAGUUGCAGCGGCGGAGCGGGACGUCGGUCAGUGUGUUGCGCCCCCAUUUGUUGUUCCUACUGUAAAAAGUGGCACAAAUCGGGUUAGACGUCGCUCCCAGAGCAUUAAUGGCUCAGCCCAGGUACGACGAUGGCCUACACGGCUACGGCAUGGACUCCGGAGCCGCAGCAGCGGCCAUGUACGAUCCACACGCCGGUCACCGGCCGCCCGGACUGCAGGGCCUCCCCUCGCACCACUCUCCGCACAUGACGCACGCAGCGGCGGCGGCGGCCACAGUGGGCAUGCACGGCUACCAUUCGGGGGCCGGGGGUCAUGGAACACCUAGUCAUGUAUCGCCGGUCGGUAAUCACCUAAUGGGCGCAAUACCCGAAGUACACAAACGUGAUAAGGAUGCGAUUUAUGAACAUCCGCUAUUCCCGCUUUUGGCGCUGAUCUUCGAGAAGUGCGAAUUGGCCACAUGUACGCCGAGGGAGCCCGGGGUGCAAGGUGGCGAUGUCUGUUCGUCGGAAUCGUUCAACGAGGAUAUUGCAAUGUUCAGUAAACAGAUAAGAUCACAGAAACCCUAUUAUACCGCAGAUCCCGAAGUCGACUCACUGAUGGUGCAAGCAAUACAAGUACUUCGGUUUCACCUUUUAGAAUUAGAAAAAGUACACGAGUUAUGCGAUAACUUCUGUCAUCGGUAUAUAUCGUGUUUAAAGGGUAAAAUGCCAAUAGAUUUAGUGAUCGACGAACGGGACACCACCAAACCACCGGAGUUGGGAUCGGCGAACGGAGAAGGGCGCAGCAACGCCGACUCCACAUCGCACACCGAUGGAGCUAGUACACCAGACGUUCAUCCCAGCACCCAAGACUUUUCACCGCUGGAGGAGACCUAUGCCAGUUAUCGCAUCAAACACGAGGCGGACUUUUAGUACCGCCCCCCCACUACCCCCCUCGUCUUUUCCCCCUCGACCCCCCUCAGCAGUUCUGUAUGAAUAUACUGAAAAUCGAUCUAGUAUAGAGAUAACGCUUAGCCAUGUAGUUUGUAACUAAAGUCAAGUCUAGGCUGCGCUUAAAGAAUUCACUCGCAAGUAAAAGAGAGAGGAGCAAACGCUAAAAGUAUAGUUAAUUCCUAGAAACUUCUAAACAUAUUUUCUAUGCUUAGUUUUCAAUUUUUUUUUUUUUGGUUUGUCUAUAUGUUUUCGGGAAUUUUUGCACUUUAGCAAACGUGUAUACGAUUUUUCAAAAACAAAACGUCCUCUUCCCUCCUCGUGUUUUACAACACUGGAGCGAACUUGCCAAAUAAUAAAUAAUCGCAAAAAAAGAAAGAAGAAAAAAUCAAAAAUGAGAAUAUUAACUAUUUUCGUUGAUCUUUUUUGUUUAACUCUCAACAUGCAACGCAUAUACGUAAAAGAGAUACCAGAAAUGAAACCCCAACCUGAGUUCAAAUGCAAAGUAUACGAAUAAAACUUUAUUGUUUAUUAAAUAAAAAUGAAAUCGAAAGAAAAAGAAAAACAAAAACUUAAAGUUAAUUUAAUUAAUUGAGGAUUGCAAUGCGCCUAUACGAACGACAUUUUAAAUGAGCCGAUACCCUUCAAGAACAAUGAUAUACGUAAAUCAACCGCAACAAAAACUAACUAAAAACUAAACAAACUUUAAGCAUUUACUAAAGCAAAUCGAAAACUACGCGAUACUACUAUUAUAAAAUACACAUAAAAGGAGAAAGCUAAUGUAAUUUAAUUGAAUUAGAGAGCCGUGGAGAAACUUAGAGAUCCCGCGCUCUCCUCCCCCCAAUUGUAUACUAUAGCGUACGUUAUAUAGUUCUUAGUCAGGCCCCCAAAAACCCCAAAAAUCCCAAUUUCCCCACUUAGGAGUUGUAUGCCUGCAAUCGAAACUCAAAGAUACGAAAUUCGUUAGCAGCAAACCCCUCUUCUAGCUACCAAAACCAACCAACAAAACACUUUCUACUGCUAAUUUCUACUACUAUUUUGAGUCGUAGACCUACUAAACCAACAAAACUACAAGAAAUGUACUUAAAUCGAACUGCGAACAGUCGGUCGCAGUUCCUCAGCUAUAUGGGCAGUCAUUUGUAUACUUAGACUAUAGUCGAACCGAUUCCCAGCGGUUUAUUAUAGCCAACUAACUAAAAACCAACAACAACGUGAAAAGCUUUUGUACUAUUUUUUCAAAACUACAAAACGAAAACUUCUUGCAAAACUAUAAAGAAAUUUGCAACAAAAAAAAACAUUAAAUUAGUUGUUGUACUUUGUCUCAAACCCAGAAAAAAACAAAAACAAAAACUUGUAUGUAAGAAACUAAAAUUAAACUUGAAAAAUCGCUGUAAUUAUGUAAUAAUUUUUCUGUUAGCAUAAUUCGCCGCUUUUUAGUUAAAAACAAAUCAAAACACUGUUGCAAAAAAGGAGAGAAAAUACGAAGAUGAACACUUUGUUUCCUAUGAGUUUAGUGUGAGCUUUUUGCAUUUCGUUAAAUAUUAUUUUUAAUGAUUUUUGUAUUAAAUGUUUUGCUACCAAAAAAAAUACAAAAAUUCAAAAAAGAAGCAAAAUUUUUAUUGUUGCAUUGUAAAAAUACACUAAAAAUACAAACACAAAUACUGAAACUGAAAUACGUAAUUGCUUUAGGUGAUAUUUUAUAAAAAUAUAACACAAGUAAAAAUAAUAAUAAAGAACUAAGAUUAAAAAAUGAUGCAAAAUAUAUACGUAAUAUGUUUUAAAAAUCCAGAGAAGGCGCUUUUUUGCUUUUUACUAUUUUUAAAAUAUAAAAUAAAUAAAUAAAUUAACCAUAGUUUGAGCAUACAUUUUUUAAUAAUUAUUAUUAUUAUUGUUUUUACAACUGAAACGUUUUAUUUAGUUUUUAGCAAAAUUGUAAAAUGAACGUAAAUGUUAAAAGAAACGGAGAAAUGGAGGAGAGAAAACGCAAUCAAAAAUUGAGAGAAAAGAGAAAAGUAAAAUAAAAAUCCAACACAAAACAAAACAACCAGCAACUUCUAUACGAUAUACGAAUACAUUUUAAUGUAAUAUUUUUAAUUAUUUAUAUGUAUACUAAUAAUAUAAUUAAAACAAGGAAAAACAAAAACACAGAAGAAUUAAGUAAAAACAAAAACUACAGAGUAACGUUUAAAGAGUUAGCCAAUAAAUAUAUGAAACAAACGAAGAAACAAAAACAACAAAAAAAACCAAAAUAUAUUU